GGAUACGAAAUAGCAUUUGGUGUAAAUAUUUGUAUAAAUAUUUCUAUAAUAAUAGGAAUUUCCUAUUAAUAUCUGUCUUUUAAAUUGGAUAUAAGACCCAAAUAUUAGUGAAUAGAGAGAAAUACAACAUUGAAAACGAAGGAGCCAUGAGUUAUACGAUCGACAAAUUCUGGGACAACAGAUCCAUUGCCGCCGAAGACAAAAUUCAUCUGCACUUUGAAUACGUGGCCAAUGAUGCGACUGGGGAUAGGGAUCUGCGGAUCAAAAUACAGGCGCCCUUUUACGAUGACCCGCAUAUGAAUGACACGACACCCGUGGGCUCUAUGGAUAAGCUGUGGGACUGGGAAGUCGUCGAAGUCUUCUUUUUGGGCUCCGAUGACCGCUAUCUCGAGACAGAGUUUGCUCCCAAAGGCCAGUACCUAUUGCUUCAACUGCACGGCGCCGGCAAUGUCACCAAAUAUCCCAUCCCUUUGGACACCUAUUCAGCCAAAAUU